AUGGCAUCGAAAAGUCUAUCCGCUCUUCUCCUAACGAGCCUCGCGGCCGUGGCUUCGGCGCGCAACUGCAAAAACCUAACGGUACCGCUGUUUCUCUCGGCGCAGAACUCGGACUUCGACUUCAAGGUGCCCAGCAGCGAUAUCGAAGUGACAAACUACGUCUUGAACUUCGGUCGGACGGGCGUGUCCUUCGCUGAUGAGAUAUUGAGCGAGAACAAGUACCGAAAUGUCACUGGAAACUACUCCAUAGCCGCGACCUACUGCGAGCCUGACUCAGGCCCAGGCCGCGCUCUACAGAUUCUUAUUCGCAAAUACCUAACCUACCCCUUAUCAUUCUCUCAGCAGCAACUCCCUAACGGCGCCGCCUUCGACCGCAACUACUGGCACUUCCCCGCGCACUCGUACAACUACAGCUACGCGGACGCGGCCCUCGCGCGCAACUACAGCGUCUUCUUCUACGACCGCCCGGGCAUCGGGCAGUCGAGCCGCGGCGACCCCGUCAACGAGAUCCAGUCGCGGCUCGAGGUCGCCGCCCUGCGCGAACUCACCCUCCGCCUCCGCCGCGGCUCCCUCCCGGGCCUCCCCGCCCGCCGCCACCCCAAGAUCGUGCACGUGGGGCACAGCUACGGCUCCGCCCAGACGUACGCGCUGACCGCCGCCCACCCUUCCCUUCCCUCUCACGCCGCCGGCGGCUCCUCCGAGGACCGCAUCUCCGACGCUAUCGCCCUGACGGGGUUUAGCAUGGGCCUCGGCACGUUCGUGAACAACUUCCUGUUCGGCGGGAACUUCGUGCUGGCCAAGGACACGGACGGGGACAAGGACCGCGAGAGCUACGGCCCCGGCUACAUCGCGUCCGGCGACGUGUCCGCCGUCCAGUCCAACUUCUUCGCCCCGGACAACUUCGACCCGGCCAUCCUGCGCGAGGCCUACGAGCGCGGCGCCCCCGUCGCCGUCGGCGAGUUGCUGACCAUCGCCGACUUGACCGCCGUCAACAACAGUUAUGCGGGUCCUGUUUUCGUUAUUACGGGCGAGAACGACAUCGCGUUCUGCGGAGGCAACUGCUAUGCUACGAACCCCAGCAUCCCCGCACAGGUGGCGUCCUUCUUCCCCAACAACACUCUGGUCGAGUCCUACGUUGUGGCCGGCUCUGGUCACGGCCUCAACUUGGAGUAUACCGCACCGGAUACAUAUGCCAGGAUCCUAGACUUUUUCGACAAGAGCGUUUAAACCCAUAUAGAAGCUGUUUGGCAUCCCGCGAGGGAACUUUUAUUGUCUACCUAACCUAAGGUAGUUGUGGGUACCUUAUAGAAAUCAUGCAGUCCAAUUAAUUACAAAUAUACCACUUGACCAGAAGUCCAUCGUUAAAUACCAGGUUCUCGUUCUUAUGAUAAACUACCUUAGGUAGUCAUAGACCUUGCCCAACCCGGACUAUCCAGGGAAUGGUCAAUAGAACUUGGUAUCCUAGUUGCAU